AUGUUCGUGAUACCUGAGGCGGCGGCGGCGCCCUGGAUGAGCGCAGCGCGCGUGCCUAGCGGCGGCCCGCGCACGCAGUGCUCGACGGGCCCCGCCAAGAUUUGGUCAUCAACGCCUGUGCUGUGGGCAAGGCAGACACACACCCACACGCACUUUCCCCGCACCCAGCCAGCCUCGAGCCACAGUGUCAAGUUGGUGCGAUCUGAAGGCCCCCGGGCGGAGUUCAACUUUGUGGGCUUCAACGGGGAGCUCAAGGAUCACUUGCGGCUGGUGGACGAGACACUUUUGAACGUCUACAAGAAGGCCUCGUCGGCAAAGGCUGAGUUGCAGCUAGAGACGCGCCCCUCUGAUGUCGAGCCAUCCGUCAUUGAGCUUCGCCGAAAAGCGAACGCGAGCUUCUUGAAGCAGAUGGACUUCUUUACGUGGUCAUGGGUUCAGUUCGAGCGGCUCAGGCAGGAGUCGGAAGCGUCGGACUAG